AUGCCUCCGAUGGCUGCAUCAUGGGCAUCCAUCUCGGACCUUGACACCUUGUCAUUGCCUGUCAUGGGCAGUCGGCGACCCCCACGAGGUCAUUUCUCCCCCCGUUCAAUGUUUGGAACCCGGUUCCUGUCACUUGCGAAUGUUGCAUGCAUGAUUUGGCAAUUUGCGGGGUGUCAAAUGAUGUCAAAUGAUGUUGUGAUCUGGUGUCGGCGAGGUGCCGAGCUGAAGAUGGGGGAUGCAGAUGGGCUGUCUGGUCGAGGAUUGACAGCGAAGGAGCCAGGCGGCAUGAAGGAGAUUUCGAUAUGGAUACGCCAUCGCAUAGUCGGUUCGAUGCCUCGGGAUAAAAGCUGCCGGGAUGGAUGCAACAUGGCUCACAUGGUUUAG